CGCCGGGGACUCAGAUGCGGCAGCUACAACUUCUCUCCCCCAGCCAGGAGCCCUAGGAAAGAUGAAAUCUCCGAGAGGAAAAGACAUCUUCAUCGGGCAGGUGCCGGGGCUUUAACACUCCCAACGUCUCCAUCGGGCUCAUGAAGCAGCAAGAACAGCAGAUGCUGUUUCAUCCGCUGAACUUCGCCCACAUCUUCUGCUUUGGGGAUGUUAGGUUCUGAUGCAGCAUUUACGUAUGCCUUUAAUGGUGUGAAAAAAAGGAAUUGAUGUCAAUGUGAAUUGAAGAUGCCUCUCAUUAAGAGGAUCAUUGAACCACGGCAUCUAUGUCAUGGGGCCUUACCAGAAGGUGUCACUAGUGAGUUGGAAUGCGUGACGAACAGCACAUUAGCUGCCAUUAUAAAGCAGCUUGGUAGUCUCAGUAGACAUGCUGAAGAUAUAUUUGGAGAGCUUUUUAAUGAAGCUAACAAUUUCUGUAUGCGAGUUAACUGUCUCCAGGAGAGAAUUGAUUGCCUGGCAAUUAAAGUCACCCAACUAGAUUCCACUGUGGAAGAAGUCUCGCUGCAAGACAUCAACAUGAGGAAAGCAUUUAAGAGUUCAACCACACAAAACCAGCAGGUGGUGUCACGGAGUACUAUUCCAAACCCAGUGUUGGAAAUGUUCCAGCAAUGUGACAAGCCUCCACCCCUCAAUAUCCUGACACCGUACAGGGAUGACAGAAAAGAUGGACUCAAAUUUUACACAGAUUCUUCCUACUUCUUCAAUUUGUGGAAAGAGAAGAUGCUGCAGGCUACAGAGGAUAAAAGAAAGGAAAAACGACGUCAAAAGGAACAGAAACUGGUGGAAGAUGCCACUCGCGAGGUGAAGAAAGUCCGCAAAGCAAGGACCAGGCGGCCAGAGUGGGACGUGAUGGGACGUGAUAAAGAAUUUAGAGCUGACCACCGGUUCUGUCCAUCACCAUACCAUGCUGCAUCUUCUGAAGGAUCAGUGUCACCAGACACCAGGUCUUAUGUAUCUGAUGUCGGAGAACUUUCUUAUCCUGCUAGUCCAAAUCAUCCUGUUCAACAGUCUGCAGUUUCUUACGUACCUGACAAUAAGGAGCUGUUAACAGCUGUAACCCAGGCACAGGAUCGUGCAUACAGAUUACCGGCCACAAAUAUUCGGCAAACCUCACUUACUAGAGCACAGCAACCGCACCUGAUGCAACCUGCUGAAGCCAUCCUGAAUGGGCCUAGACCUCAACUUCUAAAAGAUUACAGUGCACAGCCAGUGCAGUUGGCAGAAUACUACACACCACCUGUCCCUGCUCCUCCACCUCCUCCCCCUCCCCUCAUUCCUUCAGCCCAAACUGCAUUUGACAGUCCAAUCUCCGCACCUCCCCCACUCACACUCGGAUCAGUGGCGGCCGCGGGUCGCACGUACACCCCUUCACCUCCUCCACCGGCGCCUCCGUUGUCUUACACCCCACCUCCUCCUGGCCCUCCUGCUGCGCCGCCUCCCCCUCCACCCGGGCCGCCCCUGUUGGUCCCAUCUCCCUUGCACACUGCCUCGCCACCGUCUGCGACUGAAAUAAAGAAAGCCCAAGCAACUCUCAUGCCAAUCAGUGAUGCUCGGAGUGACCUGCUCGCUGCCAUUCGAAGAGGAAUUCAGCUUCGAAAAGUACAAGAACAACGAGAGCAAGAAGCCAAAAAGGAACCGGUUGGAAACGAUGUGGCAACCAUAUUAUCUCGCAGAAUUGCGGUAGAGUACAGUGAGUCUGACGAUGACUCAGAACUGGAUGAGAAUGAAUGGUCUGAUUAAGAUAUUUGAGUCGUGUUAUUCGGAGUGAUCCAGCCUUAGGGUUUUCUGCUUUGUUUUUCAACAAGUGGGGUGCAGAUACAUUUACGCACUUUAGGUUAAUGUAUAUCUGUAACCACACCCAAGUAAAGCACACAUAAAAAUGUAAAAUAAAUUACAUUGUUCAUUGGCCUGCCUCUGGUGUAAAAUGCCAAAUGUUUUUUUAUAAGCAUGGCUUCUGUACAUUUUUAUGAUUUAGAAUGUGCUUUUGUGAACACUUAUAUGGAUUGUAUAUUUCUAAUGACAUUCAGUGUAUUUAAACAAAUGUCUACAUCUAAUCACUGGCAGAAGUAUGAAUUUAGGUACUUUUAUUUGUUAAACAAUUUCCAUUUAAUACCAAAAAAAUGAAAUUCCCCCCAUAUUGUGCAUACACUAGAUUUUGGCUGCCCAUAUUUGCCUCCUCAGAAAGAAAAUUAUAAACCCAAAGGAAAUUUUACUGUUGUUUAUUUUAUAGUAUAAAUGACAAAUAUUAGAGAUCCUGCCUUGAUAUUGCCUUGAACCUGCUGGCAUUAAUUGAUAGUAAAAAAACAAAUGGCUGGAAAAGCUCAUCAGGUUGAGCAGCAUCUGUGGGGGGUUGGGGGAAGGAAUUCUCAAUUUUUGGAUGGAGACUCUGCAUCAAAACUGAGAGGAGAGAGAAGGUGGCCAGUAUGAAAA